CCUUAAACGCGUCUCCAUGGCUCCAUCCGUCCCUUUGAAACUGACAACCUUAAACCCUACCUGCCCUCAUGAUCCUAACUCGCCUCUCCGGCUUAAAACAACCGCCACUCUUAACCACCGUCACGCUCCCUACUCGCCACCUUCUCUCCACCUCCCCUGCUGCCUCAAAACUCCGCGACCAUUACUCCUUCCAACCACCACCAUCCCUUUCUCCGGACCCCCAAAAAACUAACCCCCGUCCAAAACCGAACAAAAGGCAGAAACCCAAGUACCGACCCCCAUCUUCGCUGGAUCAGAUAAAGCCAAAACAUUCGGAUUUGCCCUUCGAUUUCCGGUUCAGUUACACGGAGAGUAGCCCGAUUGUGAGGCCCAUUGGGCUGAGAGAGCCAAAGUAUUCGCCGUUCGGACCAGGUCGAUUGGACCGCGAAUGGACCGGGGUUUGUUCCCCUGCUGUGGACCCAAAGGUGAAGUCGGUGGAGGGUUCGGAGGAUCCGACAUUGGAGGCGAAGAGGAAGCUGUUGAGGGCCACUACUCAGGGGACACCUCUCACUGAGGCUGAGAGAAAGUUUUUGGUAGAAAAGUGCCAGAGCAAUAGAACUAAAAGGCAAAUAAAUUUGGGGAGAGAUGGUUUAACACAUAAUAUGCUGAAUGAUAUUCAUAAUCAUUGGAAAUUGGCUGAAGCAGUCAGGAUUAAGUGUCUUGGGGUCCCCACUGUUGACAUGAAGAAUGUGUGCGCCCAGCUUGAGGAUAAAACAUAUGGAAAGAUCAUCCAGCGGCAUGGUGGUACACUUAUAUUGUACAGAGGACGGAAUUAUAUGCUGCAGAAAAGGCCUGUAAUUCCUUUAAUGUUGUGGAAACCUCAGGAACCUGUUUAUCCCAAGUUGAUUAAAACUACUAUUGAUGGUCUAAGUAUUGAGGAAACAAAAGAAAUGAGAAAGAGAGGACUGGCCAUUCCUGCUUUAACAAAACUUGCCAAGAAUGGCUAUUAUGGUAGUCUGGUACCCAUGGUCAGAGAUGCUUUUCUUGUCAGCGAGCUGGUGCGUGUAGACUGCACGGGACUUGAAAAAAGUGAUUACAGGAAAAUAGGCUGCAAACUCAGAGACCUGGUUCCUUGUAUCCUUGUCACAUUUGAAAAGGAGCAGAUUGUGGUGUGGAGAGGAAAAGACUAUAAGCCUCCAGAGGAUGGGUCUUUCUUUACCAACCAAGAAUUUUUUGAUGACUCGAGUUGUGUCGUGGGGAGAUCUGAUAGCUCCAAUAGCUCCAAUGAGAGUAAUCAUCAAUAGGUCUUCAUCGGUGUUAUAUGUUCACCCCAAUUGUAAUUAUUUCUGUCUUCUCACGUAUCUAAUCACAACUUCAAAGCAGAUUGGAAAAGAUAUCUGCUGUUUAUUGCAUAGACUCUUUCGGAUUCUCACAACUUUAAAGCAGAUUGUAAAUCAUUGCACAUGCACUGUAUUUGUCAGAGUUUAGAUCUGGAAUAUAUAAUGCCAUCAACCAGGAUUGCAUUUUUUAUUUUAUUUUAUUUUUUAAUAGUAUUUUGUCUUAGCUUUCAUUCUUUCCCCUUGCAUGAAUGAUAGUAGUUUCCUAUUUUAUCUAAUAGUUUGUUAAAAAAAAAUCCAACUGUUAGGAGAAUAGUGCCCAAGUGCCAACUUAUUUUUUAUGCCUGAUUUAUGCAAAACUGUAAGUUCUUGUAAGCUUGCCUGUAAAGUUCAUAUGUUGUUGAGAUUUGCAUAGGCAAUGUGAAGGGUCUGGUAAUCCUGUUUGAACAUUAUUGAACCGGUUUUGGAUUUAUCUUGUGUGUCUGUUCUCUUAUGUCGUAAACCUAUGGUUUUUUAUGCAAAAACUAGAUGUAAGUAACCAACCAAACACCCCAACAUCAAGUUGUUCGAAUGUCAAAGCAAUUCAAUUCUCCUAAUCUGUUCCUAUUGGCAUGUCGGCAUCAAAAAGAGUAAGUCAUUAUCGAAAUGUGAUAGACCUCUUGACCAGAUAUCUUGUAAUAUU